UCGGCUCCUUCUCCUUCCCCUGCCGGCCGAAACCCUCUCUCCCCCGUUUACAGGUUUCGCCCAAAACCAUCGCCGUCGUGACCUCCGAAACUCCCAUCUUUCUCCUUUCGCUCCGCUCCGCUCCAAACCCGAAACCUUUGAGGAAGGUUGCCAUUGUAGUUUUGUCCUCGUUGAAAAUCUGAACAAGCAAAAGGAAGCGAAGUUAGCGGACAUGGCUGAAGUAGUAAAAUCUGACAUCUGGGACCAAAUUGAGCUCUCGGAAAGGACCUGUUCCUUGGAACAAAUCCCUGAUAUUGAAUUGUCUGGAAUGAUUGAGUCAGCUGGAAUGGUGUUUGUUCAGUCAUUGAGAGAAUUGGGAAGGACAGCUGAAUUGUUUGCUGAGCUUAAAAUACUUUUUGGUUCAGUGGAAGCAAUACCAAUUCGUGUAUUUCUAACGGGGACCUGCUUGCAAAUAUCUGAAGGAAUAACUUCAAAUCUUAGAACAAUCUUUGAAGAUUUUCUUAAGAAAUGGAGAUAUGUGGAUAACGAUCAUUAUGUAUUUCUUGAAGAAGACAAUAAUUUUUCAAAAUGCCCAUGGCAAUCAGUUAUGGAUUCAGAAAAAUAUUUAGAAGUUGCAGAAGUUUUUGCUAUGGUUCUCCUUGGGAAGGUUCUACAUGAGCCUGAACUUGCCAUUUCUUGGACAGAGAAAUUAGAUAUGCCUGAAGAUAAACGUCAGGACAUGCUGAGGAAACUGCAUUCAUUAUAUGUUGCUGCAAACUCUAGUUCUUCUCUCAGUCCAGAAGCUUUACAAACCAAAGAGAAGGCUGGUGAAACUCUCUCCCCAACUGAAGUUCUUGAGAAAUCCACAAACUCAAGUAACCAUAUGAAUGGAUGUGGAUCAAAAUUAGCUUCUACGAAAGUUAUGAAUCCAUCAAUUAAGAAUUUAACACAUCGAAGCAGCCCAUUUUGGUGGUUUUCUACUGUUCGCUUGAAGUUGGGCGGCAUUCAUCUGGCUCUACCUCGGGGAAGAAUUAUAUUAGUUGGACUCAUUAUGGCGUUUGCUUCUUAUUUCUUUCAGAGGAAAGCUUCAGAACUCAGGAAGUUUGCUUGGAGACAAGCUUUGCUCAUACGGAGGGCUUUGAUCGAUGCUUGGCAGCUUGCAUUCUCUGUUCAGGUGAAUCCACUGGCUGCAGUUCAGCAGAUCUCUGCUCCUAGGAGUAACAGGUGACAAGCUACAAAAUGGAGCAGGGAAGAACUUCAUUUAAAAAUAAAGUACUUUGGAAAUAAUCAUCAGCGAUGUGAAUAAAUUGGUAAUUCCUCCCUCUGCAUGGUUAUGAAAAUAUGAACUUUUCUGUUUAUACUCAGCAUAAUUGCUGUUUUACAAAACUUGUAAUGUCCUGAGGUUUGAGUUCAUAAUAAUUUGAGUGGGUUUUUUGCUAAAUGAGUUUCUGUUAAUUCUGAAAUUAACCUAUUUGGAAAUUUAUGCCCUUUGAAUUGGGUUUUACUAACAAUUUCACCAAAAAGGCUUGGGCCAUUCCUUGUGGAGCUUGAUAAAGAUGUUAGAGAGCUAAACGAAGCUGGAUCAACUCAACCCAUACCAUGAUUUAAUCAUAUUUAUCCAAUUUGGUCAUAACUUGGCCCCAAAAAACCACUUCUGUUCAACAUGAGUCAAAACCAUUCUAAUGGCCAA